UCUUCGAAUCUUGAUGAAAAUUCCAAAUUUCAAAAUUUUGUUGAAUCUACACAUGGGAAAGUUGGAUCACUUAAAACUGAAAAUCCCUCUGAAAAUCCAAGAACAAAAGUAGAUGGGGACUCAACUAACCUAUCAGAUAAAACUAUAAGUGAUUUAUCAACUAACAAUAGUGAAUCAAAAGAACAAGAAUUAUGGAGAAUUCCAGAUGGAGAAAGUGAAGAUUCAGAGGCACAUGUUAAUGAUCUUAGUGUUAUAGGUGAAUCUGAUGAUACACAAUUGGGAACAGAUCAUGGUGAAACUGAAAUUACUAAUCCUUCAAUGCAAUCAUCAGAAGAUUUAUCAUCAACAAAUGACCUCAAUUCAGUACAAAUAAUUAAAGGAAACGAAGACUCUAGUGUUCAGCUCGCAGAUCAACAGCAAUCAAAAUUUAACAUUUCAUCAUUAAUUAAUUCAUUUGGAUUAGACGCAACGGAAUCACUAAUUAGAUCAGGGAUAACGGGUAUAGGAAAAUUGUCAGAUGAAAUCAUAGAUUUAAUUCCGGAAUCAAAAUCAAUUAAAAAACCAACAAAUGAGACAAGUGUUGAGAAAGACUCAAUUCAACCAAAAAUUGAUACUCCAUCAUUAGUAAAUACAUUUGGAUUAGAUUUAUCAGAUCCAUUAAUUGAUUCAGGGAUAAAUACUAUAGGGAAAGUGGCAGAUCAAAUGGUAAAAUUAAUUCCAGAUUCUAAAUCAAAAGAACCAAAACCAGAAGAUCAAAAUAAAUCAGGAUUUAGCAUUUCAUCAUUAGUAAAUACAUUUUUGUCAGAUCCAUCAAAAUCAUUAAUUGAUUCAGGGAUAAAUACUAUAGGAAAAGUGGCAGAUCAAAUGGUAAACUUAAUUCCAGAACAUCCCAGUUCAAAAGUAUUAAACCCAAUAGAUGAUUCAGAAAUAGUAGAUGAUAUAACCGAAGAAGAUGAAGAAGAAGAAGAAGAAGAAGAAGAAGAAGAGGAAGAGGAAGAAGCAAAAAAAUCCCAUAAAGAAACAAAUACAAUCGAAAUAUCAAAAGAAAAACAAAAUAUAAUACAACCAGCAGAUGCAAAAAAGGGAGGAGAUAGAGAAUAUGAAGAAGAAGAAGAAUUAGAUGAAGAAAUAAAUGAAGAAAUAGGCGAAGAAAUAGAUGAAUUAGAUGAAGAAUUAAAUGAAGACUUAGAUGAAGAAUUAUAUUUUGAAGAAGAUAUGCAAGCAGAUGAAUCAAAUACUUUAGAAGAUUCAUCAGAAUCAAAAAUCCCGGAAAGGGAAAACCAAGAAAAUGAACAAACAGAAGAAUUAUCAGAUCAAACAGAACAAGGUAAUUCACAAGAUAGUGUUACACAACAACAAAAUCAAAAAGAAGAAAUAAAACCUCCAACAAAUGAUAGUAGCGCUCAUAAAUUACUUAUUGAAGAUUUUAAGGAAGAUAAUAAAGUUAAAAAAGAAGCUGAAAAUAAAGUGAAAACAUUCAUAAACUUAAUCGAUGAUAGUAAUGUUGUAGGUACAUUGAAAGAUUUAAAAAACGACAUAUAUCAAAUUUUUAUAAAUAUUUAA